GCAUCCGUGGGCCAGAAGAUUCAGUGGAAUGAGGUAGCAGCUGAUUGUCAGUGCCAUUUGUGGAAUUGUUAUCGGCAAAAGCGGCUGUUGCGUAACAGUUUAUUUGUCUACAGAGGAUUAAAUAUAAAAUGAACUUCGCUGGGAAAGUUGUGCUGCUCACAGGAGCUUCCUCAGGCAUUGGAUACGCAACAGCUCUUCAUUUGGCCAAAUUGGGAGCCAGUUUGUCCUUAACGGGACGCAACGUGGACAGUCUCACAAAGCUGGUGGGUGAAUGCACAAAGACACCUCCCCAAAAACACUUUGUCAUUCCUGGGGACUUGACAAAGGAGAAGGAUACAGAGAAAAUUCUCACGGAUACCAUCAAUGAGUUUGGAAAAUUAGACGUGCUCAUCAAUAAUGCUGGAAUUCUGGAGCCUGGAACCAUCGAGAACACCAGUCUUGAACAAUUUGACCGCGUUAUGAAUACCAAUAUCCGAUCCAUUUACUAUCUCACCAUGCUGGCCACUCCUCAUCUCAUAAAAUCCAAAGGAAAUAUUGUGAACGUGUCCAGUGUCAAUGGAAUCCGUUCCUUCCCCGGAGUUCUGGCAUAUAAUAUCUCCAAGGCAGCUGUAGAUCAAUUCACGAGGUGCGUCGCACUGGAGUUGGCGUCCAAGAACGUCCGCUGCAAUGCCGUGAAUCCAGGAGUGACCGUGACGAAUCUCCAUAAACGCAGUGGUAUGACCAAUGAAGCGUAUGAGAAGUUCCUCGAGCACUCCCGGAACACGCAUGCCCUCGGCAGACCUGGCGAUGUCAAAGAAUUGGCACAAACGAUAGCUUUUCUGGCCAGUGAUCAAGCAUCCUUCAUCACAGGAGCUUCCCUUCCUGUAGAUGGAGGACGUCAUGCCAUGUGUCCACGAUAAAAUUUUGCAUCUUUCUUCCUGAAAUUGUGCCUUAAAAUGCAUUUACUCCCUGUUAAAUUUUUAUUAUUAAAUAAAUUUUUACUGCAUUAAAGCAAAAUAAAGUGAACUUGUGAUUUCCAUACAUUA